GAGGGGGAAGCUGUUCCCCCCCCCCCCCCGAAGGAAAUUGAAAACGUUAAGUAUUUGCGCAAAGUAAUGGGGGAUGCCUCAAGAAUCCACUUACUCCGAGCCUUCUUAAUCCUGCCCUGCCUACUUGUCUUUGUGUCGGAGACCUGAGGGGGAUGUAUCGUGGUUAAUCGGAACUGAUUUUAGUGUGAGCUGAUGGAAAGCCUCCUCCUGCGUUAAUGAGGGAACAUCCGUCGUGUCCCAAGAGUGUUGCUUGGCGGAUGCCACCAAGAACACAUGCAGUACCUCUAAGAGCACUUCAAGGAAUGCCCAUCCGAGGACCAUCAGAAAGCAUUCAGGUCAGUCACAUCACGCAGUCUCUUGGCAUACUCCUCUUUGAUAUGACCCCGGACGAUACCCCGGACCCCGGAAGUCCAUAG